CAGUGGCUCCUUCAGUGAGGCAGGCAGCGGCUCAGCUCUCAGACUGAGGCAGACAAAGGCGAGGGGAGAGACGGCGUGCCGCUAUCCUGCAGCAUCGACUCACACAUUCACACACUCUCUUUCCCCCCCACACACUCCCUUCACUCCGCAAGCAGCGACGCAGACUCUCCGGAGCUGGUCAUCACCACCACACAUCUGUCACAACCAUCUCAACUUUCAGUCAUCAUGGAGCUAGACUUUGGACAUUUUGACGAGCGAGACAAGGCAUCCCGCACCCCGCGGGGUGGGCGCCUGAAUGGACUCCCCAGCCCUACCCACAGCGCCCACUGCAGCUUCUACCGCACGCGCACUCUGCAGGCCCUCACCAACGAGAAGAAAGCCAAAAAGGUGCGCUUCUACCGCAACGGAGACCGCUACUUCAAGGGCAUUGUGUACGCUGUGGCCAACGACCGGUUUCGCACCUUUGACUCGCUCCUGGCUGACCUCACACGUUCACUCUCUGACCACAUCAACUUGCCACAAGGUGUCCGCUUCAUCUUCACUAUCGAUGGCUCACGCAAGAUCAGCUCAAUGGAUGAGCUAGAGGAAGGGGAAAGCUAUGUUUGUGCAUCAGAGAACUUCUACAAGAAGGUCGACUACACAAAGAACGUGAACCCCAACUGGUCCGUGAAUGUAAAGGCCUCAGCGAGCCAGAAGAACAUGCAGUCCUUGGCCGCCAAGGCCGCCGGCGAUGCCAGAGAGGGCAAGGACUUUAUUCGACCCAAGCUAGUGACGGUGAUGCGCAGCGGCGUCAAGCCACGCAAGGCUGUGCGUGUCCUGCUCAAUAAGAAAACUGCACACUCCUUUGAGCAGGUGCUCACCGACAUCACAGAGGCCAUUAAACUUGAAAGCGGCGUGGUCAAGAGGAUCUACACAAUUGACGGCAAGCAGGUUACCUGCCUUCAAGAUUUCUUUGGUGAUGAUGAUGUCUUCAUCGCAUGUGGACCAGAAAAAUUCCGCUACGCCCAGGAUGACUUCUCUCUGGAUGAGAAUGAAUGCAGGGUGAUGAAAGGAGCCAAAGGCCAGCGUGGUUCAGUGAAGAGUCCUGGUCCGAUCAGGCGCAUCAAGUCUCCUGCUGAAUCAACCAACGGGACGGGCUCCAGCAGCCAGCUCUCCACCCCAAUUUCCAAGCAUUCCCCCACCUCCACCCCCAACAGUCCAGGCAUCAACAACAAGCAGAAGGAUCUCUACUUGCCCUUAUCUCUGGAUGAUGACGACUCUCUCGGUGAAUCGAUGUAGACGCUCCCUCCUGCAGCUUGCCUCCUUUUUGGCCUGAAACACAGAAGUUUUUAUACCUCUGCUGCUUUCCACCUUCACUCACAGUGCCACCUGUUGUCUAGGAGAACCACUAUUUGUCUCUUUUUAAGGCCUUAGCCACCAGGGCUAUGACACCAUUUGCUGCUUGAGAAUAACACAAACUUUGUUUUUACCUUUUUGUUUCAUUAUAACAAUCAGCUCGCUUAUGUUCAGACGUAUGUUUCUAUGCGGAAGUUAAUAGCCACUAUUUCUCAAAAGGGCACACAGUUCACUGACCAGCAGAUUUAACGGUGUAAAAAAUUUCACUCUUGGUCUCACACAUUUUUGUUGAAGGAUGCACUCUCACUUUAAUAUUUGGGUCACUGAAUUCCAAGCAGCAAAUGGAUAUUUUUAGGGGUGUUAGUCAGAGCUGACUCAACUUUUGUAUCACUUGUAUUCGUGACGUUCCUCCAUGUCUCCUGUCCUACGGUUAAAGGUGUGAAAGGGUCCUUGUCAGAGGAAAUCUGCAAAGCCAGACGAAGUCUUUCUAACCCGCUGUAAAUACUGUGUAUAGCUAUCCCAUCGUAACAUCUCUGCCCAAUGUCCAUUGCUGUGCUUCCAUAACGUCACCACAAUGUCCGUCUAACGUUUGCUCAACAUGAUACAGGGUAUGGUCAAAGUAAAGGAAGAGCCACCACAGAGGGAAAGGAUGUGUGGGAUGCAGCUCCUGACUGAAGAGCAUUAUCAGAAGCCAACGCCUCCUCAGUGGAACUAAAAGAAAGAUUAUAAAACCAUCUAUAAAAUGAUAGUUUAAAACCACCAUAACAAUGGGGGCUUCAGAAUCCUUAUGUUGGCAAUAAUUGGCAAUAAUCUUGUCUAAUCAGGGACAAGAAAACAUGUAAGAAAAAGCAUCCCACACAGCCCUCAGUGAAGUCUUUGUGUUGGCGUUUCCUCUAUUUUGACACUCUAUAUAGACAGUAGGCUAUACAUGGUGAAUACCCUCUGUGUUUUAGAUUUUCACAAACUGCAGUGCAUGAUAUUGAUGAAUGAUAAUGAAACUUUGGGCAUGUAAAAAGCUGAUUUGAAGGACCUAAUGGUGCAUAAAAACAACCAAAGGAAAAAAAAAUAGGCCCUUUUUAAAGAAAAAAAGCCAACACAUUCAGUCUACAGUUUCUAUUGACCAAGUCUAAGUUUUAUAGUAUGAUGUGAAAUUCAAAGAUUAAUAAAUAACGGUGUCAAAGCCAAAGUAUGAUUUUUAGACCAAGAAGUAUAGAAAACUUUAUUAGUUGUAAAAUUGUUUAAAUAUUCCAGAGGAAGCACACCUGGAGAUUUAUGCAUGUUAGUUUUAACAAAACAAAAAAAAAACCCAUCAAGAUUAAACCAUCCGAGGCAAUUCGAGUUUUAUCAGGGCGCUAAAAACAGUAGUGGGAUUUUUCCUAUUUUGCAUGGCUCAGCAUAGAUACAGGGGAGAUGAAAACGUAACUGUUGUCUAAAUCUAUGUGUGGGUUUUAAAUUUUUAUAAAGUUUUAUUAAUUUAUAUCAAGGGUACUUGUCUAGGAAUUUCUUUUCUAGUUGCUCAUGUGAGCUCUUAACACUUUUUUCAAGCCUCUGUGUGCAACUUUCUAUAGCCAUGUUUGUUUUUCUAUCGACUUGCAUCGCGUGUCUUACGAAUUCACUUUAAAAAGAAUUUUUCUCAGAUUUUAUUGCAGGGAAUGGAGCCUGAGAAUCGCUGAAUUGGACAAAGCACAAAGCAGGGAGCUACUUCUUUAUCUCAGCAACAGACACUUUACUGUGUACUUGCCAGCAUUAUAAUGCGUGACCACAAUUCAUUUCUCAAUAUAUUGAAAAAAACCCCCAAGUCCUUUGAAUUGAAAUCUAUGCAUUCGGAUUCCAGAAUAGUUAAAAAAAAAAUUCUCUUUUCUGUAGGAAUGACCUUUUUAUACCCAAUAGCUUAACGAGAAAUGAACUAAAAACUAUCUUUCCAUGCAGUUAUUCCAUUGUGAUGAUGUGAAAUGUGUCUGUCUUUAGGCGUGAUCUGGUGCCCGCCCUCUGGAUGAGCUUUGAAUAGUUGUGUACAGCAGCCACUUGAUGCUCGCCAAACUACCUGGUGCUGUGAGCUACACCUUUCUCCUGCAGGGAGUGCUGUCACACCAGCACAACAGCUAAUAUCAGCCACAUCCAACAGCACGGACACCUCACUUUACCCACCAUUUUGUACAAACCCCCUAUUUGUUGUCAGAAUCAGUUCUGUAUAACCUUACAUGCUAAUAAUGGUCUUGUUUCCUUGAUUUUUCUACAGCUUAUUACAGCGCUACAGCAUAUUAAACCUUAACAGAAAAUGUUGGUUGUCUUGUGUUAACCUGCCACCACCAUGGAUGGCGUGAAUUCAUCACCUACAGUGGUGCCUUUUUUUUUUUCUAGAUGUACCAUCUUUUUGAUAAACAAAAAAAAUAAAUAAAACGGGACAUCGAAGGCUUGUUCUUUGUUAACAGCUGUUUGUAAAACAUUUUUAAACGUCUUGAAUGAGGAGGCCUCCCAACACACUUUGUUUUGUAGAGUUACAGGACACUAUCGUGGUGUAAAUAUGCUCCCUUCCUGUUCUCUUUCAUACAUAUGCCUUUCUGAUCGAAUGAAUGACUUUUUUUCUUUUUUUUUCUUGGAAAUUUACAAUGUCCUUUUUAGUGGUAUUUUGCAAUGUCACAGUGGCUUGUUUCAGUGCUUCAUUCAAUGUAUUAACCGGUAUCCUUUUGCAAUUAAAACAGUUGUAUUUCA